AUGACGCGACCCUUUCAGAUUGCCGUAUCCGAAGCGGACCUGCAACGUCUCCACCAAAAGCUGGAGAGCGCAACGUUCCCAGAUGAGCUCGACGACGCUGAGUGGGACAUGGGUGUCCCCCUCAGCGAGAUGAAACGUCUCACGGCCUACUGGCACAACGGAUUCAACUGGCGCCAGAAGGAACAGGAACUAAACGAGAAGUUGUUCCAGUUUAUCGUUCCUGUCUCUGUGGACGGAUUCGGCGAACUGGAUAUCCAUUGUUUACACCACACCAGCGCCAAUCCGAAUGCCAUACCGCUGCUGUUUAUCCAUGGCUGGCCGGGGAGCUUCCUCGAAGCAACCAAACUCAUUCCACUGCUAACUAGCGGAGACGAGAACUACCCGGCCUUCAACCUCGUCGUGCCAUCAUUGCCCAAUUUCGGUUUCUCCUCCGCCGUGAAGACAAAAGGAUUUGGCUUGGCCCAGUAUGCCGAGGCCAUGCAUGCCGUGAUGACGACGUUGGGAUAUCACGAAUAUGGUCGGCAUUCCUCUCCAUCAUACACCCCCCAAGACUAA